AUGUCAUUGUUAGACUUGGAGGUGAGCAAACACUCUCUCUUCACGAUUACGUACCUCAUGAAUAUAUUAGGGGAAUUAUAUCGAAUCAAGCCCUGCACUUUGCAUGUGGUGGAUGAACUGUACUGUCAUGAUGACUGCCGAUUCGGCUGGUGGAACCAUGACAGAUGUGCCCGAAGUCACUUUGAUGUCUGCGGUAAGAUAACGCCUAUUGUGGCAAGAGAUGUUGUUAACGACAUCCAUGUGAUCCGGUCAACCAGCUACCUGCAAAAGGUAUAUAAGGGAUGUCUGGUGCCUACAACAGAUCAACCCUUCACUAUCAACAUCUUCAGUAUCACAUCCAACAACAUGGCUAAGCUCUUCAUCUUUCUGUCCGCCUUUCUGGGCAUCCUCACUACACUGAUCUCAGCUCAGUCCAGCCCUUUCGAAAUGGUCACCCUCGUCAAGAUUGAUUACACCACUGCCGAGCUAGCUGAGCACUACCACCGCCUCGACGUCACCUACAAAACCAUCAACGCAACCGCCAUCAAAGCUGCCGUCCUGGUCCCGAAGAAGCUCGCAGCCUCCAACAAGAAGGCCGACGCGCCCGUGGUGGUGCAUUUCCACGGCGGUGGUCUCAUCAUCGGAACUAACCUCGAGCCUGCCUUUAUUGCCGACUGGUACAUCAAACCCAACCUCAACCAAAUCGUCACCGUAGGAGAGUCAGCAGGCGGCUACCUCGCCGUUCAAUCCGCUCUCUUAUUCCAGGAAAAAGCCAAGAUCAAGGCCGUCAUCGCGCAAUACCCCGCCAUCUGGCCCGACCUAGCCGCCUGGGGGUCUCUUCCCCUCCCUGACCCAACCAACGAAGCUGUCGUCAAAGCCGGAAAGGUCAUUGAUGAGUACCUCGGUAACCUGACGGGAACAGAAAUAAGAACUGACGCCCCCUACCCUGACCGCUGGGAGUUGACAGAGGCGGCGUUGUUGAGUGGGAGGAGCUUUGAGUUUUGGGGGGAUGAGACUGCUAUUGCACAAUCAGGGUUGGAGUAUGCUUUGAACGUGUCGAGGCAGUGGGGGGACAAAGUGCCGGGGUUUUGGGUUCUUCAGGGGGAGAAUGACGGGAUGGUUGCACAGGCGGGGACGGAGGAGUUUCUUGCUCGGUUGAAAGGGGUUCACCCGGGGGUGGAGGUCAAGUACACGCUUAGACCGGGAUUGCAUGGUUUUGAUGCGCUUUAUGGGUUGGACAAGCAUUUUAUUGCGGAGGGGGUGAGGUGGGUGAAGAGGUUUUGGUUGAAGGGGAAGAACUAG